UCUCUAUCUACUGACGCAGCUGUCUGGACCAUCGGUCUCAUCAGACCAAACCAAACAGAAUCAUCUGCUAUGACUUAAACAUCACAAAAGAAGAAUUACAUUACAACAACCAUUUUCACGUCAGUCUUCAGGGUUUGUUCUGAAGAUAACACCAUGGGUCCCAGCUUGAUUUUCCUCUGUCUGUCCCUUCUGAUCGCCAGUGGUGUGUUUGGUGUUGAUCCAGAUGAAGUGAAGUCAGUGAUGGAGGGACAUUCUGUUACUCUACACACUAAUGUCACUGAACUACACACAGAUGAUCUGAUCGUGUGGUAUUAUGGAUCUGAAAACACAUUUGUUGCCAGAAUCAAUGGAAAGGCCAGCAGCACCAUGUUGUCUGAUGAUGAGAUGUUCAGAGACAGACUGAAGAUGAACGAUCAGACUGGAGAUCUGACCAUCACACACAUCACAUCUCAACACUCUGGACUUUAUACACUGAAGAUCAGCAGCAACAAUAAAGCUUCAGUCAAAAGAUAUAAUCUUACUGUCUAUGGUGAAGUGUCAGUGAGGGAAGGACAUUCUUUUAUUCUCUACACUCAUGUUCUUAAAGAGAGAGAUCUGAUAGAGUGGCAUUAUGGACCUGACAACACACUUGUUGCAACAAUCGAUGGAAAGGCCAAUAGCUUCAUGUUCUCUGAUGAUGAGAGAUUCAGAGGCAGAGUGAAGCGGGAUGAUCAGACCGGAGCUCUCAUGAUCAAUGACACCAGAUCUCAUCACUCUGGACUUUAUAAGAUCAGCAUCAAUAAUAGAGUCUACAAGAGGUUCAGUGUUACCGUCAGUGGUGAAGUGCCAGUGAGGGAAGGACAUUCUUUUAUUCUCUACACUCAUGUUCUUGAAGAGAGAGAUCUGAUAGAGUGGACUCAUGGGCCUGAAAACACACUUGUUGCAACAAUCGAUGGAGAGGCCAAUAGCUUCAUGUUCUCUGAUGAUGAGAGAUUCAAAGACAGAGUGAAGCGGGAUGAUCAGACCGGAGCUCUCAUGAUCCAUGACACCAGAUCUCAUCACUCUGGACUUUAUAAGAUCAGCAUCAAUAAAGUCUUAUAUAAGACAUUUGAAGUUACUAUCCAUGAUUCUCGUGUCCUGUGUAAUUCCUGUCGUAGGCCUACUCCUGCUGAUCUGUGUCUGUAUGCUCACAAAGAGCAAAUUCAUCACAUGCUCUGACAGAUGGCAAAAGCAGCAUAAACUCUGGCACCACGUUUAAUGCAGAAGCUUCAAGGUUCCUGUAACAGUGAGGCAGGAACGGGGAAGUGAGAAUCCAUCAUGGGUGGGCGGAUUGACACUAAUAUCAUACUAUUGAUACCA